AUGUUUAUUAAAACUUGUUUAUUGAAUCGUUGUUUACAACGGUUGACCACCUACCGAUGGUUGUCGAAAACACAUAAACCUGCCCUAUUUGAGCCGAAAUGGGCAUCGAUAUUUGCUCAAGCAACAACCAAUUCGUACCUUCCUUCAGUACUUGAGGAUCAACAACAACAACAGAAGCCAUUUGUAAUGCUUUUCCCACCGCCGAACGUAACUGGGACUCUACAUUUAGGACAUGCACUAACGACAUGCGUUCAUGAUUCUCUGUUAAGAUGGCAUACCAUGCAACGGAAAUCUUAUGCUCGUUGUGUGCCCGGCUAUGAUCAUGCUGGAAUAGCAACACAGGUGAUUGUGGAAAAGCAUAUCGCUCCUAGACUACGUGAAGAACUUGGAAGAGAAAAGUUUCUCGAAGAAUGUUAUCAAUGGUCUUCAAAGUAUCGACAAACGAUUGAAACGCAAUUGAAACGUUUAGGUCCGUUAUUCGAUUGGUCGAACGCGUAUUUUACUAUGGAUAAAAACCUUGUGGAAUGUGUUCGUGAUGCUUUUUUACGUCUGUAUGACGACGGUCUGAUAUAUCGUGAUCGACGAAUCGUAAAUUGGUGCUGUCAAUUACAAUCUGUCGUCAGCGACAUUGAAGUUGAUUCGAAAGAAAUCAACGGGCGACAAAAACUAUUCGUUCCUGGAUAUGGGAAAGAAAUUGAAUUAGGCGUGCUCUAUAACGUAGCAUACAAAAUUGUCGAUGAACAAUCAGACAGUGAAAUUGUUGUUAGCACAACACGACCAGAAACGAUUUUAGCUGAUACAGGUAUUGCUGUUCAUCCGCAGGAUCCUCGUUAUAAAUCAUUAAAGAAUAAAUUUGUUCGGAAUCCAUUCAAUCCAAAUGACCAUCUACCAAUCGUAUUUGAUGAAGAUGUGGAUCAACAUUUUGGCACUGGUGCAGUUAAGCUAACACCUGGUCAUGACGCAUUUGAUUACGCAUUGGGAAUAAAACACAAUUUGCCUGUUCGAACAAUGUUAAACGAUCAGGGGCGGGUGCAGCUUCAGUCAAGUCACUCCUAUUAUCAAGAAUUGAAUGGGUUACAUCGUUAUGAUGCACGAACAAAAGUACUGGAAAUCUUGGAAAAACAAGGAUUAAGAAGAGGCGAAAAAGAACAAGAGAAAAUGAUUGUACCGAUUUGUAGUCGAACUGGUGAUGUCAUUGAACCAAUGUUAAAAGAACAGUGGUUUUUAGAUACAAAUGAGAUGUGUCAACAAGCAUCGUCGAUUGUUGAUGAUGAUACUUUGAAAUUGACACCAUCAUCGAAACGUAAAGUUUGGAAAUACUGGCUGAGUAACAAUCGACCCUGGUGUCUAUCUCGGCAACUUUGGUGGGGACAUUCGAUUCCAAUGUAUCGUUGUUCGAUCGAUGCCAAGUCAACUGAUUGCAAAUGGAUUGGAGCAAAAUCAUUGGAAGAAGCCAGACUAAAAGCAGCUCAAUUAUUUCCAAAUAUCUCAGCCGAUGCGAUUCACAUUGUACAGGAUCAAGAUGUACUUGACACAUGGUUUUCUUCAGGCUUACUGCCAGUUUCUAUUUUUCAUAAUGAAAAUUCUCAAGAAUUUCCAACGACACUACUAGAUACAGGUUACGAUAUCAUGUUUUUCUGGGUUGCUCGGAUGGUUAUGCUUAGUUUGAAACUAACCAAUCAAACACCUUUUCACGAAGUUCUUUUUCACGGUUUAAUUUGCGACCCAAAUGGAAAGAAAAUGUCGAAAUCCUUAGGCAACAUUAUCGAUCCGAUGGACGUGAUCGAUGGCGUAAGUCUUCAAUGUCUACAAACACGUCUUGAUCAAUCGCAUUUAUCCCGUACGGAAAUUCAACGUGCGAAACGUGUUCAAGCGUCGCAAUUUCCAUCAGGUAUUGAUCCGAUCGGCUCCGAUGGUUUACGACUUUGUCUUUUAUCACAUGAUAUAUUUCAACAAUCGAUACGCUUUGACCCAACACAAUUCGACUAUGUCGGACGUUACUGUAAUAAAUUUUGGAAUGCUUACAAAUACGUCACAGAAUUUGCUCUGGUUGACGUGGAUUUUCGAAGUGAACAAUUUUCGAAUGUGACUUACGAAAAAUUAGAAAAACUAGUGGAAAAUCGUCUGGUCGAUCGGUGGAUCCUGAAUGAGUUGAAUGACACAAUAGGAAAAGUUAAUGAUUGCUUAAAGAAUUAUAAAUUUCAUCUUGCCAUUACAAGCCUACGUGAUUCAUUUCUGAAGAACUUUUGUGAUUUCUACAUCGAAUUCAGCAAGAUUCCUCUUAAGCAGCAACCUGAUCCAAAUACGAAGGCAAAUGUUCAACUAUUACUCUACUAUCUACUUAAACAAUAUCUUAUCCUUUACCAUCCAUUUCUACCUUCGAUGACUGAAGAAUUAUGGCAUGACUUAACACAAGGAAAACAAGGUUAUCUCAUACAUCAACUAUAUCCAACUAUGCGAACAAAGGAAACUUCUCAUGUCAUUCAUACGGAUUCGAAAAUAGUUCAACUCGUUCGUUCAAUCCUAAAAAAUACAACAUAUUUCAAGCAAAUGCUUCGUCUAUCACGUGAUUCAGAUAUCAUUAUUCAUUUUCACAAUAACUCGGAAGAUUUCUCUACAUCUAUCGAACCCUACCUAACAGAGAUCCGUACGAUGACCCGUUUGAAUAAUAUUCGUAUCGUACAAUCAACUUCGUCGGAUAUUUCCUCUACUUCAUCGAAAUUCUCGUUCCGUGAUUAUAUUACUGAAAAUGUCGAAAUCGUCUUCAUUUUAAAUGAUGAUCAACAAACUCGAAGUCUUGUUGAAAAACAUGAAGAACGGUUGAGUAAACAAGUCGAUAAGUAUACCGAUGACUUAAGUGUUAAUGAAGCGGCAAUGAAAUUUCAUCAAGAAAAUAACGAUGUGGACGGUAUUGAACGUGAACAACGUCGACGAGAGCUUCUGAUCGAAGAAAUCAAACUAACCCAACGAAGACAUGAAAGAUUUGUUGAGCUAGCUCAAAAACGAACGAUUAUUGAGAAAAAGAAUAAAAAAGAACAAAGAUCAUAA